AUGAUCCUAACAGUGGAAGAAGGGGAUCUAAAACUAAUCGCUGAUGAAAUUAUUAGGAACACUCUUUUGCUACCAGAGAGGGGACCCUACGGAAGAAAUGCCCUCGAUGCUUCUCAUCCCAUUCAUAGUGUAUGGAAAGACACAACUCGGGGGCAUUCUUCGUGGAGGUGCAGGUGGUGGGAAAAUGGAAAACGAUUAAGCAAAAAUUAUAAUGUCAAGAGAUAUGGAGAGCAUGAUGCUUUGAAAAUGGCCAUCAUCACAAAGUUGAGAAAUAGCUCACCAAGGGAUCGCAUCUUAUAUUUGAAGCACCAGAGGGAAUUUCUAAAACUCUGCUACGCCAAUAAUUGGAUACCCAAAAGGGAAAGCGAUAGCGCAGAGGAGGGGGUUCAAGCUGAUUCUAAGAAGGCAACUGAGCAAGACGAGGUGGUGAAUGGAGAAAAAAGGGGCAAAGGGGUAGGUGACGUGCAUGCAAAUGAAACUAACAACAAACAGUGUGAUCAAAACAAAGAUUCAGAAGCAACUCCUUUGAGUCUUCCCCUCGGUACAUACAACACAAGCUGCUUCUCUAAUGAUGCAAGUUCACCUCUUUAUGGGAAUAUCCCACGAAGAAAAAACAAACGCACGCUUCUCCCUAACACAGGAAGUAGCAAAAAAUGCCGCAUCAUUAAGUGUUACCCCUAUGGUCAGAGCGUCGACGCUGUGAGGAGCUAUCAGCAAGGCCAUGGAGCAAACGCCAUACACGCAAGAAAUGCAAUGCACGCUGUGAAUGCGCUGAAUGCCCCGCAUGCGCUAAAUGCCGUGCAUGCCCAGGGGGGCGUUAAGCUGGAAAUGAUGCAACAUGUGCAAGGGGGGAAUGUCUUGCGGGGCAUGUAUUAGAUUUCCCUUGCUCAGGCGCCACUCGGGGGAGGUCCCCAUGAAGGCAUCGCGCAAAGGGGAAGGAAGCACACAAAAUAGGGUCAACAGAAAAUAUGGCAAACAGAAAAUACGGUCAAUACAAAAUACGGCCAACAGAAAAUACGGCCUGCACAAAAAAGGGCUUGAAAACAAUGUGCAUUCAUCGCCAAACGGUGCUGAAAAUCAGUCGCUGCAAAUUUCGAGGAGCAUGGGCAGAUUUAUUCUUAAAGUGGAUGGGUGCCUCGGUCGAUCUGUCACUCGGGGAGGUACAACCAAAGGAGCACCCAAAGGAGCGUUACCCAAAGGAGCGUUACCCAAAGGAGCAUCACCCAAAGGAGCAUCACCCAAGGAAGAAUCCCUCAGGGCAGGAGCAACCAACAAGCCUGCCACUUUACGGAUGAAAUGGAAACCCCCCCCUGCAACCGCUCUCUCCGCGCAAGAAAUGCAGACGCCCAUGCGCAUGGUUACAAUGUAAAUGAGAAGCUGCAUGCCAGUACCGGCACUAUUGCCAGCACAGUGCGAAUGUUGCGAUGAGCACUAACUAAAUUAGCCUAUUCAUCCUCAGUUGGGCGCGCCUACGCAGUUGGUGUGUUCACGGUG